AUGGGACAACGUUCUUCUCAGGUCAUGGAUUACAAUCGUCAUCACCAUAAUUCCGCUAUACCAGUGGUCGUCCUUUCUGCUUGUAGCAAUAUCUGUGGUGCACGUCUCGAUAUACCGACAGUAUCAACUCUGAUCCAUGAAUAUAACGGUGUUGUCGCAUGGGACUUGGCAGCCAUUGCAGCUCAUGACAAGGUCGAUAUGAACCCUUCUACGCACCCUAACGGUUAUAUCGAUUUCGCAUUCGUAUCUCCUCAUAAGCUGAUCGGUGGUCCCGGUAGCAGCGGCCUCUUGUUGUGUAAGAAGAAACGACAGACUAACGCCGUGCCGGCUGUCUGCGGCGGAGGCGUCGUUCUAUAUGUGAGUCAGAGAGGUCAUCGGUAUCUUGAUGACUUCGAAGAGCGCGAGGAAGCUGGUACCCCCGACAUCCUCGGAUGCAUCAGAGCAGGUAUCGUCUACCAUCUUCAUAGGACGAUCGGUAUCGAGAAGAUUGCUGCUGCUGAACAUAAAAUGGCCGAUCAUUUAUAUAAAAGGCUUCAGUCCCACAGCAAGAUUCAUAUACUCGGGCCCAAGGCAAGCUAUACCCGUUCUAUUGCUUUUGACGAUCGUCUUAGGAUCGUUCUCACUGUGCUGGUAUUUUAUCCUUCAAUAUCUUGUAUAAUCACAGCAAUCCUUCCACAGGACACGGCCUAUACCUCCAUUAUAACUUUGUUGCGGCCGUCCUAA